UUUGAACAGUAGUGUGUGAAAAUAAGCCAGACAUGCUCUUGACAGGUUUCAUGAGAUUCUGCCUUUAAGACUCCUUACUAUUACACAAACAACCAAAGGAAGGAAACUUAGUAAAACAAACGUCUGCUGUUAUUUGUUAACUUUCCUAUUCAGAAAACUAUUAUUUAGUUUGUUUUUGUUUUCCUCUGUUUCUGUCAGAGCGGCGUGAUAGAGAGCGGGCGGCCCGAAUGGAGAACCUGCGUCAGCAGGGUGGUGGAGGAAAGACAGCUGCUGGACUGAAUAAGGACCAGAAACCCGCUAAUGGCCCGAGCGGCGCUCAGUACAAUGCACACAGGACGGCUCAGGCAAAAUCGUUUUCUCCACCAACCUCUACUUCCUCUCCAAAAACUGUGGGCAGCCCGGCUCAGUCCCAUGUGGCCAGGGUUAAAGUGCCGGGCAGCUCAGCAGUCGGGGGCCCAAAUACCAAAGAUGUCAAACAGAUGCUGCUGGACUGGUGCCGGGUCAAGACUGAACCAUAUGAGGGUGUGAACAUCCAUAAUUUCUCCUCUAGCUGGGCAGACGGUCUGGCGUUUUGUGCCCUGGUGCACAGGUUCUUCCCAGAGAGCUUUGAAUAUUGCACUCUCGACCCCUAUGAUCGCAGGGCCAACUUUGAGAAAGCAUUCAAGACUGCAGAGACACUAGCUGACUGUCCUCGCCUGCUGGACGUUGAUGACUUGAUGCAGAUGCGAGAGCCAGACUGGAAGUGUGUGUACACGUAUAUCCAGGAGUUUUACCGCUGCCUAGUAGAGAAAGGCCUCGUCAAGACUAAAAAGAAGAUGCCAUAGAAACUUUCAACAUUUUGAGCAUUUCACUGUAAAUGACCAAAGAACUACAAAAGGCACACAACAUAGCGCACAUGUGACCUGAAGCUUCUACCAAAGAUCAGUCUAUUAUGUACUCAUGCUCUUCUCUGUUUCAUACACGCAUGCAGCAGAUGAGGAUUAUAACCUGUGUGUUUUGUGCUCGGGUACAGCUGGGGCUCUGAAACAGUGCAUUCCAGUGAGAUUACACAUGCCUUAAUCUCAGUCUAUGCUUAGAGAUUGUGUGAAAGUGUGUGUGCGUACACGCGGAUGGCUUUUUAUGGUACUGCUACUCCCUGUUUUGAAUGUGCUCCAGCACUGAGACAUCAGGCUUAUAAGGGCAUGAGAUCUAAUGCGGAAUUAUACUUAACCCAGAUUUAUCAUUUGUUUAAAAAUAUAGUCGAGGGCACUUUCACUAUUAAAUAAGAGUUCAGAAAGAAAAACAAAGCCUGGAAAAUGCCCCAGUCGUCUCCUAGAGAAUAGAAAUGUCACCUGCUUUUGCUUGUAUAGGGUGAAAUAUGACAGCUUGAAUAGUUUUCGGUUUCUCUCAUUUUGUUCAGGAUCUGAAGUCCAUCAUACUAAGCGUUUACUUUGUACUACAAAAAUGACCCUAGAACUGCACUAAGAGAGAUUAGGUCCAAUCAAACCUCUCACUCAGGGAUAGACGGGCCCUUGAGGCCUGUAAGACGCCUGUAAGUCUUGUUUCAGAAGGCCGAUGGUAAUUUUCAAGUGCUUUUAAAUGUUCUCGACACUUUAUUUGCUGCAUGGCUAAUGACUUAAGUGCACUUUAGAUGUGUAUUUUGAGCACAGAUAUUGACACUUCUAGUGUAGCUAAUAACAUAUGAUAAAAAUGAUAUAUUAAAAAUUAUGUAAGUAUUAUUAUCUAGUGCUUUAAGUCAUACAAGUACAAUUUCU